AUGGAUAAACAAACUGAGACCACGAUUCGCCUGGACCUUGACACGCAACAGCUAGCUUCUCACUAUGAUAUAAUGAGUGACUACCAAUUUGGAGUUGGCGUGAUUCUUGCAAAUAUGUUAAAUAUUUCACCCUCAGAACGAGUUCUCGAUAUUGGAGCGGGAACUGGUCGUCUCACCUGUUACAUUGCAAAUAUCGUCGGUCAUGAAGGGCGCGUUAUUGGCAUUGACCCGCUCAAGGAUCGUAUCGACGUUGCUUGCAAAAGAGCUCAGCCAAACUUAUCUUUUUAUGUGGGCGACGCCUACGACCUCUCCAGUUUUGAUUCCGGCGCCUUCGAUGUUGUCUUUUUCAACUGCGUUUUUCACUGGUUACAUGAUCAGGACCGGGCUCUCCGUGAAUGUGUCCGCGUGUUAAAGCCAGGAGGUCGCAUCGGAAUAUCAACCCCAUCCAGAGACCACCCUUUCUAUCCUUUUGAGGUCAAGAAAUCUGUACUAUCCACAGAACGCUAUUGA